AUGGCCCACAACAUGCGAGAACUUAGUUUUUGGCUGAACAAUAUGGAGGAAGAACGGCGUCAACAACAGUUGAACAAAUUGAGAAAUCUUUCCUUGAGCGCUUCUCCUUCUCCGCUCCAAUUUUUCGCCUCCGAGCCGCUGCCGACCACGAGAAUCAACUCGCCUGCGACGCCGCCGUAUUCGCGGUCCGCUGCCGCUAGCAACGGAAUCAACAUUAACGAAAAUCCGGUACACUAUUACGAUCACUCUCAUUCUUCUCGGAAUGAUCUGAAUCUCCCGAGUAAUUUAUUCGAUGAUGAUAAUGAUCUGAUGAUCCAGUACAGUCCGUCUCAUCAUCAUAGCUUGCACCACCGGUUUCCGAAUUCUCAAUCUCCUAAUGUUCAUUACCUUAAUCAUCAACCUAUCCUGAUAAAUUCGCCUCAUUCUUUGGGUUAUAAUCAUAACGGGCUUGGAUCGUCUGGUUUGCAACGUAGACCAACAUAUUAUUCCCAGUUGUACAACGCUGGUUAUGAUCAUCAAUACGGUCGUUAUCAUGAUUAUGAUAAUCUUCCUCGUCGUCAUCAAUAUCAGCGUUCCACGCCGAUUGAUGUAAUACGAGGAAAAGUGGUAAUGGCGGCGCAGAACCAGCACGGAAGUCGUUUCUUGCAGGACAAGCUUCGGCACGGGAACCCGCAGAACAUCAACGUGAUUUUCUCCGAAACGAAAGAGAGUUUGUGGUUUUUGAUGUCCCACCAGUUUGGGCAUCAUAUCGUUCAGAAGCUCAUUGAUGUCGUGGACGACAAUAAACUUGAUGAGAUUCUUGAUAUUUUGACUAACGAUGACACAGGGCUAAGUCAAGUCUGUGCUCAUGACCACGGAACUAUGGUGGUGCAGAAUUUUGUGGGGCGUCUAAGUACCCCAGAUCACCAAUAUUCGUUUGCAUCUGCUGCGAGUCAAAUUGCUUCGUCGUUGACUAAGAGUACCAAUGGCAGUGCAGUGAUUUACCAAUGUCUCAGAAAUUUCUUUUGGCCUUACAAGAAGCCUCUUCUGCGUGCUAUAGCAGCAAAUUGUCACGACAUAGCACAAGACAAAAGUGGGUGUUGCAUAUUGCAAAAAUGUUUUGAUGAAGCCAACGGUACAGAAUUCUUCGACAUGCUUGCGGCUCCCAUAAUAGAAAAUGCUUACACCCUUUCUGAAAAUUUAUAUGGGAACUAUGUUGUGCAGCACGUAAUAAGCAUGAAGAAACAAGAAGUGAAUAGAAAAAUAGCAACGAAAUUUACAGGAAAGUUCUUUAGUAUAUCCAUGAACAAAUAUGGCAGCAAUGUGGUUGAGAAACUCGUGAAGAAUUCUGGAUUAGAAGCUGCUGAUUCAGUCAUUAGCGAGAUACUGGCCAGCGAUAGUCCCUUGCUAGUUUAUCAAAAUCAUUACGGAAAUUUUGUUGUUCAGUCUGCUAUAAGGGUUAUUCGGGAGGGACAACUUCUCGAUCAGUUUAUACAGCACGUUGAGGACAAUGUAAGACAACUUGAGAAUCAUAUGUACGGUAAAAGGGUGUUGCAAGCAGUGAAUGCGAGACGAAAUCGAAAUGGAUGA